AUGGCCUCAAAGCGUCUUUUCACCGAAGAGGAUUUCUCUUGUCCUGUAUGUUGUGAUGUCUUCAAGGAUCCUGUCAUCAUGACAUGUAGUCACAGUGUGUGUAAAGUUUGUCUGCAGCAGUUCUGGGAAACUAAAGGACACCAAGAAUGUCCAAUCUGCAGGAAAAGAUUCACAAAUUCAAGUCCACAACUGAACUUGGUUUUAAAGAACCUGUGUGAGACCUACUUACAGCAGAGAAGUCAGAGAGCUUCAGCAGGGUCUGAGGUGCUCUGCAGUCUGCACAGUGAGAAACUCAAGCUCUUCUGUCUGGAGGAUAAACAGCCUGUGUGUCUGGUGUGCAGAGACUCAAGGGAACAUAAGAAUCACAACUUUAGUCCUGUUGUUGAGGUCGCAUGUGAUUAUAAGAAGGAACUGAGGACACAGUUGGCCAAACUGGAAAAAAAUAUGAAGAAGCAUAAAGAAACUAAACUAACUAGUGAUGAAACAGCAAAAGACAUUAAGACACAGGCCCUAAACACAGAGAAGCAGAUCAAGGAGCAGUUUGAGAAGCUUCACCAGUUUCUACGAGAUGAAGAGGCAGCCAGGAUAGCUGCACUGAGGGAGGAAGAGGAGCAGAAGACUAAGAUGAUGAAGGAGAAGAUUGAGAAGAUGUACAGGGAGAUCGCAUCUCUCUCAAAUACAAUCACAGUCCUAGAAGAGCAGCUAAAUGCUGAUGACAUCACAUUCUUGCAGCAGUGCACACUGCAGGAUCCAGAGAGGGUUUCAGGAGCUCUGAUCAAUGUGGCAAAGCACCUGGGCAACCUGAAGUUCAGAGUCUGGGAGAAGAUGCAGGAGGCUGUUCAGUACACUCCCGUGACUCUGGAUCCCAACACUGCACACCCAUAUCUCAUCCUGUCUGAGGAUCUGACCAGUGUGAGACGAGGUGAUGAGAAACAGCAGCUUCCUGAUAUCCCAGAGAGAUUUGAUAAGUAUCCCUGUGUCCUGGGCUCUGAGGGCUUUAACUCAGGGACUCACUGCUGGGAUGUGGAGGUUGGAGAGAACACACGGUGGACUGUGGGUGUGAUGACAGAGGCGGCCCAGAGGAAGGGAGACUACACCUCCAUGAGUGGACUGUGGUGUGUGGGGUAUACUGGUGCUGCAUAUGGAGCACGUGCUAUUCCUCAUGACUCCACUGUCCUCACAGUGCAGCAGAAACCCCAGAGGAUCAGAGUGCAGCUGGACUGGGACAGAGGAGAGCUGUCAUUCUCUGACCCUGAUAAUAACACACACCUACACACUCUCACACACACUUUCAAGGAGAGAGUGUUUCCAUACUUUAAUGGUGGUGUAGAGUGUCCUCUGAGGAUGUUACCAGUGAAGGUCUCAGUUAGAGUAGAGCAGCCCAGUUAGAGCUGAUGGUGUCUCUGUGUGGACCAGAACUGAUCAGCAUGAGGAGAUGAAUCAGUUAGAGGAGACU